AUGGCCUACAAUCAAGGUGGUGGCUACGGCCACGGACAUGACCUCCCACCGCAUCAGCCUGGUCAGCAGCAACAGCAACAGCAGCCAUACCACCCACAGCAAUUGCGGGACAGUGACGAGGAGCAAGAACGCUCUCUGCUCCACUCGAACCCGAAUGGUCCUUUUCACGGUCCCUUCGAUGAACCUCACAGCCGCGCCGGCACCCCCGGCGGCCACGACCCCAGAGCAUACAAUCUCGAUGAAUCAUAUGUAGGAGGCCAGCAGGCUGGGCCAUAUGUCAACAAUGAUUAUCACGGUGGAUACUCAGGGACAACACUAGAGGACCCCGGAUAUGCUCCUCCAGAUCGUGUGCCGAGCCCUUAUGCGCGCAGUGAGACUGGCAGCACAGAAGCUUGGGCACAAAGACAACAGCCUGGUGGACCCGCGGCCAAGAAAGGUGGUUUGCAGCGCAAUGCUACCCGUAAGGUCAAGCUUGUGCAGGGUGCCGUUCUCAGUGCCGACUAUCCCGUGCCAUCUGCCAUCCAGAACGCCGUUCAGCCGAAAUACCGCAACGACCUCGAGAGUGGCAGUGAGGAAUUCACACACCUGCGAUACACCGCAGCCACUUGCGACCCCAAUGACUUCACCCUGAAAAAUGGAUACAAUCUUCGACCGGCCAUGUACAACCGUCACACUGAAUUGCUCAUCGCCAUCACCUACUACAACGAAGACAAGACAUUGACUUCGCGAACAUUGCACGGUGUCAUGCAGAACAUCCGCGAUAUUGUCAACCUCAAAAAGUCCGAGUUCUGGAACAAGGGUGGCCCCGCCUGGCAAAAGAUUGUCGUAUGCUUGGUUUUCGACGGUAUCGACCCUUGCGAUAAGGGCACCCUCGACGUCCUCGCCACUAUCGGUAUCUACCAGGACGGUAUCAUGAAAAAGGACAUUGACGGAAAAGAGACGGUCGCCCACAUUUUCGAGUACACCACACAAUUGUCAGUCACCGCCAACCAGAAAUUGAUCCGACCGGUCGAUGAUGGCCCGACUACUCUCCCUCCCGUCCAGAUGAUCUUCUGUCUGAAGCAGAAGAACAGCAAGAAAAUCAACUCGCAUCGAUGGCUCUUCACCGCUUUCGGCCGCAUCUUGAACCCCGAGGUUUGCAUUCUUCUCGAUGCUGGUACCAAGCCCGGUCACAAGGCGCUUCUCUCGCUCUGGGAGGCUUUCUACAACGACAAGGAUCUCGGUGGUGCUUGUGGUGAGAUCCACGCACUGCUCGGAAAAGGCUGGCGUAACCUAGUAAACCCUCUCGUUGCCAUUCAGAACUUCGAGUACAAGAUCUCCAAUAUUCUCGACAAACCGCUGGAAUCAUCUUUCGGUUACGUUUCCGUGUUGCCCGGUGCUUUCUCGGCCUACCGCUUCCGUGCGAUCAUGGGUCGUCCCCUCGAGCAGUACUUCCACGGUGAUCACACGCUCUCCAAGCAGCUCGGUCCCAAGGGUAUCGAGGGCAUGAACAUUUUCAAGAAGAACAUGUUCUUGGCCGAAGAUCGUAUUCUGUGUUUCGAACUGGUCGCCAAAGCCGGCAGCAAGUGGCAUUUGACUUACGUCAAGGCCUCCAAGGGUGAAACCGACGUGCCUGAAGGUGCACCCGAAUUCAUCGGCCAGCGUCGUCGAUGGCUGAACGGUUCCUUUGCUGCCACACUCUACUCCCUCAUGCAUUUCGGUCGCAUGUACCGGUCAGGACACAAUAUUCUGCGAAUGUUCUUUUUCCAUAUUCAACUGCUCUACAACAUUCUGACUGUCACUCUAUCAUGGUUCUCGCUUGCUUCUUACUACCUGACCACUACUAUCAUUAUUGAUCUUGUCGGAAGACCCAGCGAAAAUAACGGUCAACGAGCAUUCCCCUUCGGCAACAAGGCGACUCCGAUUUUCAACACUGUCAUCAACUACCUCUACGUGGGAUUCCUCUUGCUACAAUUCAUCUUGGCUCUCGGUAAUCGUCCCAAGGGAAGUCGCUGGUCUUACAUCACAUCCUUUGUCGUCUUCGCCAUCAUCCAGUUCUAUGUCAUUGUCGACAGUUUCUACCUUGUCAUCAAAGCCUUCACUAGUCCUGCAGGCACGGGCCUCGACACGUCAGGAUCUGCCGAAGACUUCCUCCGGUCUUUCAUUUCCAGCACCGGUUCCGGAAUCAUCAUCAUCGCCCUCGCCGCCACCUUCGGUCUCUACUUUGUGGCCAGUUUCCUCUACCUCGACCCAUGGCACAUGUUCACCUCCUUCCCCCAGUAUCUGCUCAUGAUGACUUCCUACAUCAACAUCCUCAUGGUCUACGCCUUCUCCAACUGGCACGAUGUCUCCUGGGGAACGAAGGGAUCAGACAAAGCCGAAGCCCUACCCUCCGCCCAAACCGUCAAAACCGGCGACGGCAAGGGUACCCUCGUCAUCGAAGAAAUCGACCUCCCGCAAGCCGACAUUGACUCUCAAUUCGAACAAACCGUCAAACGCGCCCUCACCGCCUACGUCGCGCCCAAGGAAGAGACCAAAAAGACCCUCGAGGACUCCUACCGCUCUUUCCGCACGCGUAUCGUCACCGUGUGGAUCUUCACCAACGCCCUCCUCGCCAUCGCCAUCACCAGCUCCUCGGCCGAUAAGUUCGGUUUCUCGAGCGACGUCAACGUCCGCACGGCGAACUUCUUCCGCGCAUUGUUGUGGGUUACGGCGGGACUGUCGCUCAUCCGUUUCUUGGGUUGUCUGUACUUUUUGCUGAAGACCGGUGCUUUGGCCUGUUGCGCGAAGCGGUAG